AUGUCGAAGCAGACGGUCGGAAAAACUUUGCUACGGAACGUAAUCCGCCACACAGAUGCCCACAACAAGAUCCAGGAGGAGUCUGAGAUGUGGAAGUUGCGAGGAUGGGAGGUCCAAAUGUCCAACCACAGUCAUGUGAGCGCUACCAGGACAAUCAGGGGCCAAAUGCACUGCGAUCGAUUGCCGUAUGAGUCCCGGGUGUCCUCGGAACAUGACGACCGAGAGGCUCGAUACUGGACGAAGAAACUGUAUGAGUUUGAGGACAACGAUCCGGACAGAUGGGGACACAGUGGCUUCAAGGAGCUGUACCCUGAGGAGUUUGAAAGUGAAAGCAGCACCGGAAAGAAAGAGGGCCACAGAAGGAAAGUGUCCAAGUCGAAACACUCCAAAAAGAAGAAAAAAAAGAAGAAGAAAAAAGAGGAGGAAGCAAAACGGAAAAAAGUUCAUAGCAGCCAUGAAGGUAACAGGACAAAAAGUCACCAUAAAGGCAAGAAAAAGGACAGGAAAAACGAGGACAGACGGGGACGCAAAAGGAAAAACGACGACUCUCACAAGCACUCGGACUCCUCAAAGAAAAGCAGGAGAGACUGGAGAGCAGCUGAUGAAGAGAGUACAGAUGAAAGUUCAGAAGAGUGA